GAGGGGCGGGCCGGGCCGGUUCGGGCCGGGCGGGCGGAGGCGCUCUCCCGGGUCACAGCGCCGGGCAGGCGGCGGCGGCGGCGGCGGGAAGAUGCGGCUGUGGCUCCUGGCGCUGGCGGUGGCCGUGCUGUGGUGUCCGGCCCCGGAAGUAUGUGGUGCUCUCAAUGUCACUGUGUCCCCAGGACCUGUGGUUGACUACUUGGAAGGGGAAAAUGCCACUCUCCUCUGCCACGUCUCCCAGAAGAGGCGGAAGGACAGCUUGCUGGCUGUGCGCUGGUUCUUUGCCCCUGAUGGUUCCCAGGAGGCCUUGAUGGUGAAGAUGACCAAGCUUCGGGUGAUUCAGUACUAUGGGAACUUCAGCCGUAUUGCCAAUCAACAGAGGCUGCGCCUGCGCGAGGAGCGUCGGGGAGUACUAUACAGGCUGUCUGUCCUCACACUCCGGCCAGCAGAUCAAGGGCAGUAUGUCUGCAAAGUACAAGAAAUCAGUAAGCACAGGAACAAAUGGACAGCCUGGUCCAAUGGCUCCUCGGCGACAGAAAUGAGAGUGAUCUCCCUCAAAGCUACUGAAGAUUCAUCAUUUGAGAAAAAGAAAGUGACCUGGGCAUUUUUUGAAGAUCUCUAUAUGUAUGCCGUCCUGGUGUGCUGCGUGGGGAUCCUCAGUGUUCUACUCUUCACCCUGGUCAUUGCCUGGCAGUCUGUGUUUCACAAGAGGAAAUCCAGAGUGAGACAUUAUUUGGUGAAAUGCCCUCAGAACAGCUCAGGGGAGACUGUCACCAGUGUCACCAGCUUGGCCCCACUGCAGCCACAGAAGGGCAAGAGGCGGAAGGAGAAGGUAGAUGUCCCACCUGCAGUCCCUGCCAAAGCUCCAAUAGUCACCACAUUCCACAAACCAAAGCUGCUGAAACCACAGAGGAAAGUCACGCUGCCAAAGAUCGCUGAGGAAAACUUGACCUAUGCCGAGCUGGAGCUGAUCAAACCACCCCGCACUGCCAAAGGUGCCCCCAGCAGCACAGUGUACGCACAGAUUCUCUUCGAGGAGAACCAGCUGUAGGGACACCUUUCCUCUGUCUCCCAUGCUCCCACGUAUUUAUGAUGCUCAGAAAGAAAGGCCCUAUUUUUGUAUUUUCACUUGUGCCUCCAGUGUAAUGGGGAGCCCCUUCCCAUGGUAUUCUCAUGUCUCCUAAGAGGUACAUGCCUCCCAGGAAAGAGAGGACGCAGCCUUUGGCCAUGUCUCCUCAGGCAAGAGGUCCCUGACCCAACUCUGAGGUACAAGGACUCUGCCCCCAAGAGCAUCUGCUGAGCCAAUCCUUAUCACCUUCUUCUCUUUUCCUGAGUCUUAAUUUGCUGAAAAUCAAACUAAAUCUUAAUUUAGUCUGCCACCCUCACUAUGUCUGAGACCCCAAGCACCCACUUUAAAGCCACAGGAAAUGCCUAUAGAUGUCACAGAGAGAGGUGGCCUAUAUAGACUCUCUGGUUCUGAGGCUUGAAUGUCAUUGCUGGGACAUGCAGAGCACAGCAAGCCCCUGAGGGUGACGGCAAGUAGCCUCUUAUGAUGGCAUCCAUUGUUUUGAAUAGAUGCUCUGAAGCUGGCCAUGUAAGGGCAGAGGUUAAAGUCUGAGGUCUUGGGAAGUUCUGGUACUCCUCUUUAGACACAUACUUCACUGAGACUGUUGGUCCACAAGGACACCAUUGGAAAGUGCUUGUCCCCUUUGGCAGAAUGGACCUGGAGUGACAGGAAAAUAUACUGUUCACUCUUUCCCAAAGACUCGAGUGUGAUACCAGUGGGUACAUCACAUAAGUAGGUAAAGUGUGCCAGCUCCCACUUGGGGGUGGGAGGCAGGGGGAGAACAGACCCUCUCAUUGUCCCCUCUACAUAGACGUACAAGUAUAAGCCAUGUUGGAAAACUCUGCUUGGGGAAGACUCAACUCUUGGCAAGUGCUUUGUCCAUCUCAGGUUUGGAUGUGAACUGUGAUGGUCUUGUGUGGAUGUCAGGGACCUUGGGGCAUAAGUCCAUGGGGAAGUUUCUCUGUGGACCUAAACAAUGUACAGAAAUGUCGGACUUGAUUUGAAGUAGAUCCAAUCUGGGAAAGUCAUCUUGAUAUCCAGAGUGCUGUUCAGGAUAUUUCUUGAUGUAUGUGUACUCUAGUGGCCAUUUACUACAGUCUAUAAGCGUUGUUUGGCUAUGUAAUUUACCAUGUAUAUAUGAUAAAUUAUCUAUUUUAAACACA